CAACAUGGAAAUGUCAACGGAGGAGUUUUCAUCUUGACGUAUUCUUUCGGCUGACGUGUCAGAUUUGCUUCCGUUCACUCUUGAGCUAGUGUUUAACCCCACUGUUACUGAGGGGUGAGAUCUGAAUCACAUGUGAGAUAUUGCAGAAGGAAAUGUUGACGGGAAAGUCUGGGGCCAACAUGACAGCUGUUUGUAAGGGGUGUGAGUGUGGCAGCAGUAAAUGCUUCAACAACAACAGCCUGGACUUGCACCAGCAGAUUGAGGAGCUACGUAGCCAGCUGCACCGUAGCAAUGUACACAUCUCCCAGAUAGAGCAUGAACUGAUGGAUAGUAAACAGGCUGCGGAGUACGAGGUGCUCAAGCUGCGAGAUGAACUCUCCAAACUGCGAGACAGAUAUGACAGACUGUUUGAGAGCCACAAAAGGUUGCAGAGAGUGAAUCAUAGCCUGGAAGAUAAACUUCUUAAAGUGGUUAAUAAAUAUGAGGGAGAGAAAAUGUCCGUUCAGAAAGAGGCUGCAUCUCUCACUUCCAAGCUGGUGGAUGCCAAAGUCACCAUCUGUGACCUAGAGGAGGAAAAUGAGAGGUACAGAAAUGACUGUAACCUGGCUGUACAACUUCUUCAGUGCAAACCCUCAAAUUUUGUGGCCCACAAGUUAACAGCGCUUCCACUGGACCUUCAAGAGAGAGUUAAAAGUCACAUGACUCAAGAGCAGAUCAUCAACAUGGAGGACGCUUCAAGGAAACUUGAAACCAGGUUGAUACGUGUUCCCAUGCAGACAUUUCCUCCUACAGCUAUGGUCUACUCUAUCAAUGACCACACUAACCAGUCAGACGAGGAGAAUAAACUAGCCAAUGAGGAGUCUGUUCCAAUGACACUGAUAGCUAAGGUUCUGACACAACCAGAGCCGACCCGUAAGCCUAGAAGAACAUACAUCUGUUACAAGUGUAAACUAGACGUGGUGUAUUUGGACAAACAGGUGCAGACAUGUGGGGAAAUGGACAGAAAUGGACAUGUGCCCGGAAACAUCAAAGUUCACAGGUCAAACAGUAACAGGGUCAGAUUGAACUCUACAGAGACAGAUAUCAUGUGACAUCAGCAAAGCAUAAGACAGCAUAAUAGUGCAAAUGUUGAAAGUUGGCUUGUCUCGUGAAAUCUCACGUCAAUAAUUACAAAUUAUAGAUGUAAUGGCUGUGGCACUCAUACAUAUAUUUGUUAGUAGGCUAUGUUACAAAUAAGCCUUGCUGGCAUUGUGAAUCAGGCCUUGCUGGCAUUGUGAAUCAGGCCGUGCUGGCUUUGUGAAUCAGGCCGUGCUGGCUUUGUGAAUCAGGCCUUGCUGGCUUUGUGAAUCAGGCCAUGCUGGCUUUGUGAAUCAGGCCGUGCUGGCUUUGUGAAUCAGGCCGUGCUGGCUUUGUGAAUCAGGCCGUACUGGCUUUGUGAAUCAGGCCGUUCUUGUGGAAUGUGCCCAGUACACUGCCAAUACCAUCAAAGGCCUUAGCGGUAGUCUCUGGACAAUCUGUCCGUGUUUAACUUUUUAAGAAGUCAAGGGCUGUCAUCUGGAUAUGGACAGUCAAAUCAAAAUUGCUAACAUGGAGUUGCACAUUCUCAGGUGUGUGUCACACUUGCUUUCUGCUAACAUCUCUUCUAUUAUAAACUGCAAAGCCCAUGGUUGCUAUCGGGCUUGCAAGCAAAAAUCACUUCCCUUGACUUAUGUUUUUAAGUAUUAAAGUGAUAUUGCCAUCACUGCUGAAAUGCAUAGAGCUGCUGUUCUAGGGAAUUCCAUAUUGAGAAAUGGUAUAUAAAAUAUGGAGACAGUGCUAUUGGGCACAUUGUUUAACUGCCUUAAGAAGGCAUUAAAGAUAUAUAUCAUAUUUAAGCAUAAAUUUGUCAUGGAAUUUUUUAAGUAAAAAAGAAACCAGUAAAAUAUGAUGAUGUUUGUGCAUUUAUUGAUAUGUCCUUAAGAUCAUAAAACAAGGAUCUCCUGACAUAUCUGUGUUGGACAGUAAUAAUAAGGCAGCUACCAGUUCAUGUAUAGACUUUUUUUUUAAUAUUUGACUUAGGUAUUACUGUAAUUCUUCAACCUUUUCACAUGUUUGCAAGGUGUUUGUUUAUGCAAAUUCUGAGAACAUUACUCUUUGUAUACUGAUAAAAUUAUACCUUUGUGAAGCCAUGAAAUUGGCCAGUCGAACCAAUGUAGUUUUACCUCUGAAGUCAAAUUCAAAAUUUGCCUAAAUUUGCUCUUCUAUAUGCAAAAAGAUUGAGGAAUUAGGAUACAUACACGUGGAGUUCUGAUACCAUUGCAAAUAAAAUUGAACCAAUUAUGAAUUGCAGUCAAUACCUCUUUGUUGGGGAUUUAUAUUGAAAUAUUGGUACAAAAAAAAACAUGUCGUUCAUAAAUAUUGAAAUGGUUAUGCCUGAGAUUUCCAGGCCAAAAAAACCCCCAUAUUUGGAUCUUCUUAUUCAAGAACUUUAUGACUGAUUUUUAAUAGUAAUGUGCACAGGCAAAGUUAAUAUUUUGUGAAAGGCAAUUAUUUUAUUAUUAUUAUCUUUAAGUACUCCAUUUAUUAUUCAUUAUUCAUUAAUGUGCAUGUGUGGAGGUAGGGAUGAAGAGAGGGCCAUUUUUUUCCCUUUUUUUCACUCAUUGUUACAAUACUUGUUGGCCUAUUCUUCCAUGUCACUAAGGAUGUAAAUUACUUAAUACCAACAAUAUAGUUAUUGAAUGUCAACAAUACCAUAAAUUCUGCUUUCAAAUCAAUCUUAAGAAAAUCACUCCAACAGUGCUUUGCUGACCCAAAAAAUCUAAGCUUGACUACAGCAAUGUUAUGCGAAGAACAUGUCACCAGUCCUGAGUAUUGUUCAUGUAUACAAUAUGCUUAGCCUACAUCUUAAUUUAUUCCAUUCCAAAUGUGAACAGUAUUAUGUGUACUGUUGUAAAUAUCAGGCUUACUUUGUGUUGUUGUGAUGGAUGGCAUGACAG